CUAAAGACCUUACCUUUGAUGGGUGCAAUUAUGCUUGGGAUUCAGGCAGCAGAUCCGAAGCGGCCCGUCGUGUGCUACUACUACGGCGCGGCGCAGAUGAGGCCCAGUCCGAUGAACUACGCGGCCUCCAACAUUCCGGGACACCUGUGCAGUCAUGUGACCCUGGCCUUCGUCACCGUCAGCACCGAGACCUUCGAGAUACAGAGCGCCAUCUCCAGCUACAUGAACAACACCGGCCUCUAUCGAGAAUUCACGUCCAUCAAGAAGCAGUACUCGCACCUCAAGACACUGCUUUCGGUCGGCGGCUGGGAGUUCGGCCACAGCGUGUUUUCAACCAUGGCCGGCCAUUCUUUGGCAAGACGGCGAUUCGUAAAGAGCGCGGUGCGCUGGAUGCGAGAGUACGGCUUUGACGGUCUGGACAUCUCCUGGCAGUACCCCGGCAUGCCCAUGCGGGGAGGGAACGUCUACGACAAGGACAACUUCGUCCACCUGAUGAAGGAACUGAAUACGGAGUUCAAGAAGUACGACUUCAUGUUGACCAUCACUGUUCCCAUCGAUCCCGUACUGCUCAAGUCAGGCUUCAACAUUGCCGCCUUGUCAAGGUACGUGGACUGGUUCAACGUGUUUGCGCACGACCUUCGUGGCACGUGGACUGGCUACGCGGACGUGCACAGCCCCCUCAGAAGACGCUGCUUCGACGAGAACUAUUACGCCGCACUGAACGUCGAAGACGGCAUGGCUCGCUUGGUGAAGCUCGGAGCCCCGAAGAAGAAGCUCAUGCUGGGCAUCCCCUUCUACGGCCGAAGCUUUACGCUCCAGGAUCCCAGACAGAAUUCGCUGAUGGCUCCGAUCAGGAAGGACGUGUCCGCCAUGCCCGGGCAGUUCGUGAUGUCCGACGAAAUACUUGCCUACUACGAGGUUUGCAUGGACAUCACGAUGCGUGGCUGGAAGCGGAACUACGACGCCGUGGGCCAGUGCCCCUACGCCUACCGCGACGACCAGUGGGUCGGCUACGAAGACGAAGAAAGUGUCUCGGCCAAGGUUGACUUUGUCAUGGAUAAGGACUACGGAGGUGUCAUGGUGUUCAACGUGGACAUGGACGACUUCCAAGGGGUGUGCGGCAUGAAGAACCCGCUGCUAAACGCCAUCGGCCAGAAAUUCACCGAAGGACAUCUGAUUGAUCCACGCCGGGGAUGA